GAAACGGGCGCGCAGGGUAGAUGACAUUGUGAAAUCCCGGGAGCCUAAACGCAAAUGGAGUAGCUAGAAACGCUUUCUCAACAAACUAUUUCCGCCUUAAAACGUGCAGAAUUUCAAGAAUUUUGCACCUCGCUCACAACGAACUAGUUAGCUAGAGGCAACAGCUUUUUCUUAAACUAGUUAGCGAACUUACUUUAGUUGCUGCCACCUUUGACCAAAAAAAAGGAGAAGUCACAACUUGCACUUUGAGGGUUGUUCUGCAGGAAUGUCGCAGAAAGAAAGACCUACGUUUUAUCGGCAGGAGGUGACCAAGACGAUUUGGGAGGUACCAGAACGCUACCAGACCCUGUCUCCAGUCGGUUCCGGGGCCUACGGAUCAGUUUGCUCGUCGUACGAUCAGAAGACGGGUAUGAAGAUCGCUGUGAAGAAGCUCUCCCGGCCUUUCCAGUCCUUUAUUCACGCCAAGAGAACCUACAGAGAGCUACGGCUGCUCAAGCACAUGAAGCAUGAGAAUGUGAUCGGCCUUCUAGAUGUUUUCACACCUGCUACUAGUCUGGAGGAGUUCAAUGAUGUGUACCUGGUGACCCACCUGAUGGGGGCAGACCUCAACAACAUAAUCAAGUGUCAGAAGCUGACAGACGACCAUGUGCAGUUCCUCAUAUACCAGAUCCUACGGGGGUUAAAGUAUAUCCACUCAGCAGAUAUCAUUCACAGAGACCUGAAACCCAGCAACCUGGCUGUGAAUGAGGACUGUGAGCUGAAGAUUCUUGACUUUGGGCUGGCGCGGCACACAGACGAUGAGAUGACUGGUUACGUUGCCACUCGCUGGUACAGGGCCCCAGAGAUCAUGCUAAACUGGAUGCAUUACAACAUGACAGUGGACAUUUGGUCUGUGGGAUGUAUCAUGGCUGAACUCCUCACUGGCAGAACUCUGUUUCCCGGUACUGACCACAUUGAUCAGUUGAAGCUAAUAAUGAUGCUCGUUGGGACGCCAGAGCCUGAGCUCUUGAUGAAAAUCUCCUCUUCGUCUGCAAGGAACUACAUCAAAUCCUUGCCUCAGAUGCCCAAGAGGAAUUUUUCUGACGUGUUCAUUGGAGCCAACCCACAAGCUGUGGACCUGCUGGAGAAGAUGUUGGUUCUGGACACAGAUAAGAGGAUCACGGCUGCCGAGGCUCUGGCCCACCCCUACUUCUCCCAGUACCACGACCCAGACGACGAGCCUGAGGCUGACCCCUACGACCAGAGCUUUGAGACCCGCGAUCUGGACAUCGAAGAAUGGAAACGGCUGACCUUUGAGGCGGUAUGUGAUUUUGAGCCACCCAUCUUCGAUGGAGACGACAUGGAAUCGUGAUUGGGCGAUGUGAUUUCUAAAAGCCCCUCUCCCGUCAACACCAAACGUCUCUAUCACUGAGGUUCCCUCUGAUCAGACGACCUUUUGGAAUAAUAUUAUCAUCAGAGUGCCUGCAAAUGUUUGUCUAUUGUUAUAUUUCUUAAGCUCGCGCUCUCUCUCCCACCAUUUUGACUCCGUAAGGUGUUGCAAGGGAAACGUUACAAAAAAUAGCCUGGUCCCAGAUUCGUUGGUGCUGUGGCAUGACAAUGGCCAUGGGAGUUGGCUGUACAACCCAAACAGAUAUGGGACCAGGCUAGAACUACAAUGGAGGAGAGGAGAGCGACAUUUUAAGGGCUGUUAAAUCGGUGUUAACAAAUACUGAUUGUAUGUGUCUACUACCGUGUAUUUUCAAGGGAGAAACGGAGGCAAGCAGAAAACAACCACUAAUACCAUUAUUGGUCCAUUUCUGAAAAAUGUCAUGCUUCUUUUAUUAUUCUGUCUAUAUUUGUGUCCCAAAUGGCACCCUAUUCCCUAUUUAGUGCUCUGCUUUUGACCAGGGCACUAUAUAGGGAAUAGGAUGCUAUUUGGAAUCAAAUCUAUAUUUAAACUAGUUUUGUAUUCUUCCUUCAGAAGUUUUAUUAUUAUGAAAGUAUUGCUCACCACUGUAUUAUAUUGCUCAUUACUGUAUUCUAUUGCUCAUUACUGUAUUCUAUUGCUCAUUACUGUAUUCUAUUGCUCAUUACUGUAUUCUAUUGCUCAUUACUGUAUUCUAUUGCUCAUUACUGUAUUCUAUUGCUCAUUACUGUAUUCUCUUGCUCACCACUGUAUUCUCUUGCUCAUUACUGUAUUCUAUUGCUCAUUACUGUAUUAUAUUGCUCAUUACUGUAUUCUAUUGCUCACCACUGUAUUCUCUUGCUCACCACUGUAUUCUAUUGCUCAUUACUGUAUUAUAUUGCUCAUUACUGUAUUCUAUUGCUCACCACUGUAUUCUCUUGCUCACCACUGUAUUCUAUUGCUCAUUACUGUAUUAUAUUGCUCAUUACUGUAUUCUCUUGCUCACCACUGUAUUCUCUUGCUCACCACUGUAUUCUAUUGCUCAUUACUGUAUUCUAUUGCUCACCACUGUAUUCUCUUGCUCACCACUGUAUUCUCUUGCUCACCACUGUAUUCUAUUGCUCACCACUGUAUUAUCUUGCUCACCACUGUAUUCUAUUGCUCACCACUGUAUUCUCUUGCUCACCACUGUAUUCUAUUGCUCACCACUGUAUUCUAUUGCUCACCACUGUAUUCUAUUGCUCACCACUGUAUUCUCUUGCUCAUUACUGUAUUCUAUUGCUCACCACUGUAUUCUCUUGCUCACCACUGUAUUCUAUUGCUCACCACUGUAUUCUCUUGCUCAUUACUGUAUUCUAUUGCUCACCACUGUAUUCUCUUGCUCACCACUGUAUUCUAUUGCUCACCACUGUGAUAUCCGAAAGAAAUUAGAUGCUGAAUUGAAACAUCCGGAAAAUGUGUUCUGAUUGAAUCAUUUCAUGAUGUGUAUCAUCUGAAAUGUGCAAUAAUGCUUGUCUGUCACUCGCGCUCUGCCAAUCUACCAAUCACAGCGUUCGUGUCAGACUCCCCUGGCUUUGUUUUCCUGUCAGUCACAGCACUGGUGUCAAGACUCCCAGGCGCUUCAGAAACCAUUGAUGAUCUUCUUUAAUGGAUCUGGUAUAUGACAUAGGAUGUGUCCCAAAUGGAACUCUAAUACUGCAGUACUAAAUGUGGAAGACUAUAUUUCAGUUGAAUGCAUUGAGUUGUGCAACUGACUAGGUAUGUUCCUUUCCUUUGAACAGGGCCCAUAGGCUUAUGGUCAACAGUAGUGCACUAUAUAGUGAAUUGGGGACCAUUUGGAAUGCACAUAGGGAUUCAUUCUAUUCUUCAACAUUGUUAUGAACUUUUUAACUUUGUGGAAAUGUUUUAGCUGUGAGAAAUGUUUCAAUAUACCACGUUGCAGAUUAGUUCCCCCUCCCCCCAAGUGUGAAUACUGUUCAAUGCCAGCGCCAGACCAUAGGAUGUUUAAUACCUUUUACAUUGUAGUCAUUUUAACAGAUGCUCUUAUCCAGAGCAACCUACAAGAGCAAUUGGGGUUAAGUGCCUUGCUCAAGGGCACAUCGACAGAUUUUUCACCUAGACCGCUCAGGGAUUCGAACUAUCAACCUUUCUGUUACUGGCCCGGUUUUAACCGCUAGGCUACCUGCCGCCCAUUUAAUGCUCACAAACCCUAAAAUCAUUAUUCAGCUAAUUGAAUACCCAAAUGAUGGAAUUCUGGCAGAUUCAGACAAUUUUUGUGGCUUCCUCUCGUCCUCAUCUCCUUGAUCUGCACCGAGGUAAGGGAACUGGCCAGGAGAAAGCGAAGGCCUGGUAGGGGUCAAGCAUAUUGCUUUCAACUGUUCUGUGUUUUCAGAACACAACUGUGCAGAUGACGGACACAAUGGAAGGAAGCCACUAGAAUAUUGAGAUACAGCUCGAGUCAGAAUAAAUAACAGUGAUAGCCCCAGGACUCUAGUUGAACCAUGCUGCACUCCAUUGAAUAGCCCCAGGACUCUAGUUGAACCAUGCUGCACUCCAUUGAAUAGCCCCAGGACUCUAGUUGAACCAUGCUGCACUCCAUUGAAUAGCCCCAGGACUCUAGUUGAACCAUGCUGCACUCCAUUGAAUAGAGAAUUAAUUCUGGUUUCACCACUUUCCAUAUUGACACUUUAAAACCAGAUGGAGUUGAUAUGAGCCACUGUGGGUUGUCAAUGAAUGUGCCAAUCAACGUGGCAUUAAGUAAACUAGGAAAAAUAUGUAUUUUUGGGUACAAAAUCAACUCAAAUGUAUGUAAAUAUCUGUUCUAUAUUUUAUUUUUAAUCUUCAUGACUUCUUUUUUGGUUUGUUGAAUUUAAACAAUCUUCAUUAUCAGCAUGUUCAUCAUUUGUGCGUGUGUGUUUUGAAUAUGUGUUAACAGGAGCUUGACGUGUCAUGCUUAAAGCCGUAAAAUAGAAAAAUGUAAAUCGAUGUCAAAAAGAAAUGAGGGAAUUGCUUAGUUAUAUUUAUACUUUGUUGAGGUGGUAUUUCAACUGGAGAGAGAUACUGUUGUUUAUUUCAGCCAAUCCCCAUAGAAGACUGACAUCUAACAGUCUUUACAGCAGAGUAACUAUUACUAUAAUUAAUGCCUUUGUUUAUAAAGAAAUAAAGACAGUUAUUUUUAA